AGUCCUGUCAGUGCGGAAAUGCGUGUUUCCAUAAAUGCGACCGAUCUGGACGUAGGGAGCCGCGGGCUGCCGGGAAAGUGGGACUGCUGAGAAGCGGGUUUCUGGGGCUCGAGUUUCUCUGCUAAGUGUUUGCAAACCCGUGUUGCCGUCCUUAUUUAUCAGCGCGGUGCUUGCUGCAAACUUAUUCAGGAAGGGGGCAAGAGUGGGUAUGCUUGUUUUCCUUCCUCCGGCCAAGGCGACGGUUUUGGAACUCUGAGGAGGGUUCAAAGAAAUCCAGAGUUGUUACUGUAGGCAAUUCCUGCGUCUCGUCUGAUUGGUCGUUUUGCAGACUUGUGUUCAACAGUGGUCAGUGGAUAAAUGUUUAACAGAAGUUGGAAUUAUUUUUUAAUUUAAAAAAAUAUACGAACUGCACGCUCAUUGAUGCCCAAAGAUGCUUUACUUUCACUGCAGAAAAGUAGUUCUCUUCAGUGCACCUGGGGUCUCAGUUUAAAAUGGUGAAUUACUCCUAUGAUGAAGACCUUGAAGAGCUGUGUCCGGUGUGUGGAGAUAAAGUGUCCGGGUACCACUAUGGACUUCUCACCUGUGAAAGCUGCAAGGGAUUUUUUAAGCGAACAGUCCAAAAUAAUAAAAGGUACACAUGUAUAGAAAACCAGAACUGCCAAAUAGACAAAACACAGAGAAAGCGGUGUCCUUACUGUCGAUUUCAAAAAUGUCUAAGUGUUGGAAUGAAGCUGGAAGCGGUAAGGGCUGACCGAAUGCGCGGAGGAAGGAACAAGUUUGGGCCGAUGUACAAGAGAGACAGAGCCCUGAAGCAACAGAAGAAAGCCCUCAUUCGCGCUAACGGACUGAAGCUGGAAGCCAUGUCUCAGGUGAUCCAGGCUAUCCCCUCGGAGCUGAGCAUCUCUGCCAUCCAAAACCUCCAUUCCGCCUCCAAAGGCCUACCUCUCAACCAUGCCGCCUUGCCUCCCACCGACUAUGACCGAAGUCCCUUUGUCACAUCCCCCAUCAGCAUGACAAUGCCACCUCAUGGCAGCCUGCAGGGUUACCAAACCUAUGGCCACUUUCCCAGCCGGGCCAUCAAGUCUGAGUACCCAGACCCCUACACCAGCUCGCCGGAGUCCAUCAUGGGCUACUCCUACAUGGACGGUUACCAGACCAGCUCUCCGGCGAGCAUCCCGCAUCUGAUCCUGGAACUUUUGAAGUGUGAGCCGGAUGAGCCUCAAGUCCAAGCCAAAAUCAUGGCCUAUUUGCAGCAAGAGCAAGCGAACCGGAGCAAACAUGAGAAGCUCAGCACAUUUGGGCUGAUGUGCAAAAUGGCAGACCAGACGCUCUUCUCCAUCGUCGAGUGGGCCCGGAGUAGCGUCUUCUUCCGGGAGCUCAAGGUUGAUGAUCAAAUGAAGCUGCUUCAGAACUGCUGGAGUGAGCUCUUAAUUCUCGACCACAUUUACCGACAAGUGGUACAUGGGAAGGAAGGAUCCAUCUUCCUGGUUACUGGGCAACAAGUGGAUUACACCAUCAUUGCAUCGCAAGCUGGGACCACUCUGAACAAUCUCAUGAGUCACGCGCAGGACUUGGUGGCAAAGCUCCGUUCCCUACAGUUUGAUCAACGAGACUUUGUGUGUCUGAAAUUCUUGGUGCUCUUUAGUUUAGAUGUCAAAAACCUUGAGAACUUCCAGCUGGUGGAAGGGGUCCAGGAACAAGUGAACGCCGCCCUGUUGGACUACACGGUGUGCAACUACCCGCAGCAGACGGAGAAAUUUGGGCAGCUGCUCCUGCGACUGCCGGAAAUCCGGGCCAUCAGCCUGCAGGCGGAAGAAUACCUGUACUGCAAGCACCUGAACGGGGACGUACCCUACAAUAACCUCCUCAUCGAAAUGCUGCACGCGAAAAGAGCCUAAGUGACGUGCCCGGGCUCUGCUUCCAAAACAAAAAGAGACGGUGGGGGUGGGGGGGGAAGGACAGGAAGAAAGAAAGGGGGAAAGCUACUCUGAACUGCUCCAAGCAACACUAAUUAAAAACUUGGUUUAAAGAGAUUGGAUUUAAAAAGGCAUAAUAAUCAAAUACUUAAUAGCAAAUAAAUGAUGUACCAGGGUAUUUGUAUUGCAAACUGUGAAUCAAAACCCCAAAGGAGUCCAAUCAGAGACCCGGAGUGGACUCAGCUCCCAAGUGGAGACGACACCACACGUCAGAACAGAAAUGGACAGAACAAUUCCUGUAUAUUUAAGCUGAUCUCUGCUGUGAAGACACUUAGGAACUGGUCUGUGUUAUUAAUUAGGCUUCUGCAGCAGGGGAUCCGAGCGUACAGAAUUCCUCUUUGGUGAGGCUGAACUCAGUGGUUCUCAAGGGUCCCUCAGCUGCACCCAGAGAAGCCCUUCCUUCUUCCUUUCAAGGACCCAGCACCUGUCUGACCUUGGACUCUGUACUAAGGAUUCACGCUCAGCCACACCCACUAGCUCCAUGGUAUCAGGAAAAGCCUAAUUUUGAGUGUCCUUGUCUUAGACCUGCAAACAGCUAAUAAGAACAGUCUCUUAAUAUGUUAGCUUGCCAUUUUCAAUAUGUCCUGGUAUGUUUUGUCCUGUGUUCAUAAUGUUAAGAAAAAGCAGGCGGUAUCCCUCUUCUGAUCUUAUAUAAGCAUUCAUUACUAUUAAGGGAAAUGGCUACAAAUUUUUAAAGCACACGCAUUGUAGCUGAAGCCAGACCUUCCGUCUGCUACUGUUACUGAAAUGUGGCAUUGUGGAAUUUCACAAAAAUUUCCAGCCAAAAGUCUUGUUAGGGUACAUCCGUGCUUUUAACCAUCCAAGUUUGUAGUUCAGUUCAAGAUAAAACCCGCAACCUAUUUUGCUGGGAUGUCACACAGUCACCGUUCUAAGCAGUUGGAAACCACACUGAAGCGUGUUAUGCUAUGCAAACAGAAAAGACAGGAUGAGCUGAAGGUUCAUUCUUGCCGCCACCAAACAUCCCCUAACAUACAAUGGAAACAGUGAUUUUUACAGAUGGCCUGGAAGGAUAUUAGAGUAAUGCAGAUCUUCCGCAAAAGGGAGAGGAAGAGAGUGGUACUGACCUUUCUAAGUCAUAGACCAAAGUCUGCUAUAGAACAAACACUGGAGGGCAGAGAGCUGCCAAAGAACUCUCCAGCCAGCACUAUCUGUUAUCAACAAGCGACAGCACAGGUAGGGGUCUUGCCUUAUUUCACAAUUCCGAAAGGUAGCUGUGCACAUGUGGAUCAACAUUUGUUUAAAUAAAGUAUUAAUACUUUCAAGUCAAAUAAGAUAUAGUGUUUACAUUCUUUAGGUCCUGGGGGCGUGGGGCGGGGAGGGAGACUGGGACAUGACAAAAUAGCUAACGCAGUAACUUCCUUAAUGUUAUUUUUCUGAUUGGUAAUUAUUCUUAACAGUCCUUAAUUAUUGUAUGUCGUGAGACACUAAAAUCAGAAACAGGAAUCUCAUUUAGACUUUAAUUUUUUGUUGAAUUUAUCGGCAGCACAAUCACUUGUAGAAACUGUAAAGAAAAUAAAAGUAUCUCCUAGUCCCUUAAUUUUUUUCAUAAAUGUGUCUGGCUUUUGAACAGUUUAUUUAUAUUGUAUAUCAUAGUUUCAAGUGUAGACAAUUAUGAUGCUAAUUUAUUCCUUGGUUUCACCUCUGUGUAAGAUGUAGCCAAGAUUGAAGAAACCAAAUAUAUGUGUUUACUGUAGCAUGUCUUCAAGUUAGUGAAACAUAGUUCAGGAACAGAGAAGGGUCUUAAUGAAGUAAAAUCAGUCACUUGAUUAAAUGUCUGUAAAUCUUUCUAAUUCUCUCUGUAGUUUAUUUAAUAUCUAUUGUAAAUUAUGUGACUUGUAGCUUCCUCCGUUUUCAAAUGAAUUUAACAAGGGUGGAGUCUUACCUGGUUUUCCUUCCCAAGCGUUGUAAGUUAUAUACCAAAGAUCUUAGUUAUUACUUCUGUGUGUACAAAGGACUCUUAUUUUUAUUAAUCACCUCUGAUACUUGUCCACGUGAAGGGUACAUAUUAGCUCAGCGGAGUGCUCGUCACCUGUGUUCUCUUCAUGGCUCAAAGGACAACGGCACCUGCUGCCCAGAGCCCAUCUCCAGAGCACUGAGUAGGGUGACAGCGUCAUUUUUCUUCCAGGUAAAGACUCAUUGGCUGGAAGACACGUGCAGAGGGAUGGGGCCGUCAGCAGUCAGUCACGUGGUUCCAUCGUGCAUGUGAGCCACUGAUGGGGACAGUUAUGAGAGCUGUGGGGUCAUUAUUUGAAGGGUCUUUAACAUUGCAAAAAUAAAAAAAAUACACUUAUGUUUUCUUAGUUUAAAUAUACAGUACUCCCCAAUGAAUAUUAAACUGAAACAAAUGUCACGUGUUGGUAUGUUGUUAACCUAGUAAAGUACACCCUGAGAACAGUUAGAAAGAUGGGCAACACGCAGAGUCCCUUGUACCCAGCUUACUGGUGACAUCACGGACAGAAGCUGAUACACGAAAUGCACCACUGCCAGUAUGCGCAGCCCAUGGAACGUGUGAGCCAAAGCUGGCAGAUAACAGUUCUCCAGGGUUCGUGGCUAAACGGUUUGUAACCAGACAUCUACUUAGCAACCACCUUACCCAUGACAGGACUCAAGAGUAGAAGCAGACUCCAAGAGAAAGGGUUUGGGCUUAGUCGGGUCGGUUACAGUUGGUCUCCGUUUGUAAACAGACCAUCUGUAAUGUCUGAGUAUUUCUAUGACGGAUCUUCUCCAGUGACCUUGGACCUGAAUCCAUGCAAUGUUUAGAGUGUGAAGUCGGUUACUUGUUGACGUUUUCUUACUGUAUCAGUGAAAUACAUAUUGUCAUGUCCGUUCUUGCCAGGAAUUUCUCAACAAAAUGGAAUUUUUUUUUUCAGUAUUCCAAUAAAUAUUGAUAUGCCCAGCCUGAUA